UGCGUCCCGCUUCCACUCGCUGGGAGCUGGCGCGGGCCACUCCGCGGUGGUGCGGCAGACCUGUCCGGACUCCACCGCGCCUCCCAGGGGCUCCGACACCAACCCAAGAUUCAUGGUCAUUUGUUCCCAUGGUUUCACGGCACAAUGAGGCACACUGGCUCUUGGAAACUGUGGACCUGGGUGGCAAUGUUCCUGCUUCCUGCUUUCACUUGUGUGACGGUCAGGGACAAGUCAGAAAGUACCUGCCCGAUACUGAGGAUGGAGGGAUAUCAAGAUGACAGAAGCAAACUUCAGGUUUCAGGCUUUGAUCUGGGAGAGAGUUUUGCUCUGAGGCGUGCAUUUUGCGAAGGUGAUAAAACCUGUUUCAAGUUGGGAAGUGCCCUUCUUCUCAGAGACACUGGUAAGAUAUUUCCCAAAGGCCUUCCUGAGGAGUACUCUGUAGCAGUCAUGUUUCGAGUACGGAGAAGCACCAAGAAGGAGCGGUGGUUUUUAUGGCGGAUUUUAAACCAGCAGAAUAUGCCACAGAUUUCUAUAGUGAUUGACGGCACAAAGAAGGUGAUAGAAUUUAUAUUCCGUGGUGCUGAGGGGGAUCUGUUGAACUACGUUUUUAAGAAUCGAGAACUCCGCCCUCUCUUCGAUCGUCAGUGGCAUAAACUUGGCAUUGGUGUGCAAUCCCGAGUCCUUUCUCUCUAUAUGGAUUGUAAUCUAAUUGCAAGUCGGCACACGGAAGAGAAGGACUCUGUGGAUUUUCAUGGGAAGACAGUUAUUGCCGCGCGAGCUUCAGAUGGCAAGCCUGUGGACAUUGAACUUCACCGGCUCAUAAUCUCCUGCAAUGCAGACUUCCUAGCUAAGGAAUCAUGCUGUGACCUAGCAGCUACUAAGUGCCCUGAGCAAGACAACCUUGGAAGUACCACUCCAUCAUGGGUGACCACUCACACUGGUGAAAUGUCUUUAUAUCUGCCGGGAAAGCAGGAAAUUAAAGACCCAUGCCAGUGCAUUCCAAUCAAGGGUGAAAAUGGCAUCCAUGGUUUUCCAGGCUUACUUGGUCAAAAGGGAGAACAAGGACUUGAAGGCACCAAAGGAGAAACUGGUGAAAAGGGUUUGAAAGGUGACUUGGGUCCUCAAGGUCCACCUGGCCCAAAAGGAGAAAAGGGUGAUAUGGGACCUCCAGGGCCACCAGCCUCAACUGCUUCCAUAGGGAUCCAAGGCCCCCAAGGUCCACCUGGAAAAGAAGGUCAAAGGGGAAGACGAGGGAAGACAGGACCUCCAGGAAACCCAGGCCCUCCAGGACCACCAGGACCUCCUGGGCUGCAAGGACUACAGCAGACUUUUGGCAGCUACGUCAAUAAGGGAACUGGUGAACACGAAGCUGGUGGCCCAAAAGGAGAAAAGGGUGACUCUGGGAUGCCAGGAUUUCCAGGGUCUGUUGGCCCUAAAGGACAGAAAGGAGAACCCGGGGAGCCUUUAACCAGAGGUGAAAAGGGAGAUAGAGGAGAGCCCGGCCUUUUAGGACCACAGGGAAUGAAGGGGGAACCUGGAGAUGCUGGUCCCCCUGGUCUAACAGGGAGCCCAGGGCUAAAGGGUCAGCAAGGACCUGCAGGUUCCAUGGGGCCCAGAGGACCACCAGGAGAUGUUGGAUUGCCAGGAGAACAUGGUAUCCCAGGGAUAAAAGGCAUUAAAGGAGAGAAGGGAGAUGCAGGUGGAAGGCUAGGCCCUCCUGGACUUCCAGGUCCAAAGGGUGAUGCUGGGCCUCCAGGGAAAAGCCUGCCAGGGAAACCAGGAUUAGAUGGAAAUCCUGGUGCACCUGGCCCACGUGGGCCAAAGGGGGAAAGAGGACUACCAGGUAUCCAUGGCUCCCCUGGGGACACAGGCCCACCAGGGGUAGGAAUCCCUGGCAGGACGGGCUUCCAAGGACCCGCCGGAGAGCCAGGUAUUCAGGGUCCUCGAGGUCUGCCUGGAUUGCCAGGAACUCCAGGGACCCCAGGGAAUGAUGGACCUCCAGGGAGAGACGGGAAGCCAGGCCUUCCAGGCCCCCCAGGUGACCCGAUUGCACUUCCUCUCUUGGGAGACAUUGGCGCCUUGCUGAAGAACUUCUGUGGCAACUGUCCAGCCAGUGUUCCCGGGCUGAAGAGCAACAAAGGGGAUGAAGGAGGUACUGGGGAACCUGGAAGAUACGAUUCAGCAGCCAGGAAGGGGGAUGCAGGACCACGGGGUCCUCCAGGAGUCCCAGGCAGAGAGGGGCCAAAGGGAAGCAAAGGAGAGCGGGGCUACCCUGGAGUGCAUGGGGAGAAAGGCGAUGAGGGUCUUCAAGGAAUCCCUGGCCUCUCAGGAGCUCCUGGCCCAACUGGACCUCCUGGCUUAACAGGAAGAACUGGACACCCCGGUCCCACUGGAGCCAAAGGUGACAAGGGCAGCGAGGGGCCACCUGGGAAACCUGGACCUCCUGGACCCCCUGGUGUCCCACUCAAUGAAGGAAACGGCAUGAGCAGUUUGUACAAAAUCCAGGGAGGAAUGAAUGUUCCCAGUUACCCAGGACCCCCGGGACCCCCUGGCCCAAAAGGUGAUCCCGGCCCAGUGGGAGAGCCUGGUGCGAUGGGCUUGCCAGGACUGGAAGGAUUUCCUGGUGUAAAGGGAGACCGAGGCCCAGCAGGUCCCCCAGGAAUAGCCGGCAUGUCGGGGAAACCUGGUGCCCCAGGCCCUCCAGGAGUACCAGGGGAGCCGGGUGAGAGAGGGCCUGUUGGAGAUACAGGUUUUCCUGGACCAGAGGGACCAGAGGGGAGACCAGGCAUAAAUGGAAAAGAUGGAUUACCAGGUGCUCAGGGCAUCAUGGGUAAACCUGGAGACAGAGGCCCCAAAGGAGAGCGCGGUGAUCAGGGAAUUCCAGGAGACAGAGGCCCACAAGGUGAACGUGGCAAACCAGGCCUUAUGGGCAUGAAAGGGGCUAUAGGUCCUGUGGGGCCCCCAGGAAGCAAGGGCUCAAUAGGAUCACCUGGCCACCAGGGCCCUCCCGGCUCUCCAGGCAUCCCCGGCAUGCCGGCUGAUGCUGUUUCGUUUGAAGAAAUCAAAAAGUACAUUAAUCAAGAGGUCCUACGGAUUUUUGAAGAGAGAAUGGCUGUGUUUCUGUCCCAACUUAAGCUGCCAGCAGCAAUGCUGUCCGCUCAAGCUCAAGGGAGGCCUGGCCCACCGGGGAAGGAUGGGUUACCUGGGCCCCCGGGAGACCCCGGGCCCCAAGGCUACCGAGGACAGAAGGGGGAAAGAGGAGAACCUGGGAUUGGGCUGCCAGGGAGUCCAGGCCUUCCUGGAUCUUCAGCAGGUUUGCCAGGUUCACCAGGGGCCCCAGGGCCUCAAGGACCCCCAGGCCCCAGUGGAAGGUGUAAUCCAGAAGACUGCCUCUAUCCUAUGACUUCUGCCCAGCAGAAGGCAGGUGGAAAAUGAACACUACAGAGAAGACUCGUUCCUGGUGAGAUCGCCGUGCCAUUGGAGCC